AUGGGUUCAACCUACAACGUAACCAUUGAAUGGGAGAAUGGGGAGAUCACUCCCAAACCACUGAGCAUCAUUGGAGCCGAUGACCCAGUGGCAUGUGCUAGAUACGCUAGAGAGAACAAUCUACUGGGUUUACCUGGUUGGAAACCCUUUAGAAGUAUAGCAAAGAAGAAGAAGAAACUUUUUUGCCUAAUUAACCAAGCCAAGCUCAGAUCGUUCAGUACAGCACCAAGAUACAUGUACGGAUUCAAGAUCCCGAAGGACUACAAAGAUGCCCUUCGGCUUGACAAGCUCCACGGCAACACCAAAUGGCAGGAUGCCACAAAAGGCGAGAUGGAUCAGCUUGCCGAGUACAAGGUCUUCAUUGAUUUGGGGAGGGGAACUGACCAACCAACGAUUAAUACUGAGUGA